GCUCAAAAGCUGGACAUUGCUACUGUUGUGCGCACCAACGAGGAGGCCCGGCUGUCUCCAGGGCAGGUGGCGGAGGGCCUGCAGGAGUUGUGGGCGGUCAUGGAGCAGUGCAUCGAGAGGGGGCUUGACGAGCGGAAAGCUAAUGAGGCCCUUCCAGGCCCGUUGCAGCUGCGGCGAAGGGCCCCUUCGCUCUAUCAGGCUGCCCUGGAGGAGCAGCGCCGACGUCAGGUUGGUGGCCAGUCCACGUGCACCUCCACGAGCAUGGCAGUCAUGGAUGAGCUCCGAUGGCUCAACUGCUAUGCUUUGGCAGUUAUGGAGGAGAAUGCUACCAUGGGUCGCUUGGUGACAGCUCCAACUAAUGGUGCAGCUGGGGUCGUACCUGCUGUGCUGGCCUACUAUAUGAGGCAUCUGCGGCCAACUCAACCAGAGGAAGAGCGAAAGGAUCCGGCAACCUACCUUUUGACUGCCGCCACGAUUGGUAUUCUGGCGAAGGAGCGGGCCUGCAUUUCUGGUGCUGCUGGGGGCUGCCAGGCAGAGGUUGGCACAGCCACUGCCAUGGCAGCCGCCGGAUUAUGUGCGCUGCUGGGGGGGCGCCCAGACCAGGUUGAGACGGCUGCAACAGUUGCCUUAGAGCACAGCCUGGGCAUGACCUGCGACCCAGUCCUGGGCCUCGUGCAGGCGCCAUGCAUCGAGCGAAACUCUAUGGGUGCGACGAAGGCCGUGAACGCGGUGGCCUUGGUUCUCGCCUCUGCGGCUUCGCCGUCGCCGUGGCUGAGCCUGGAUGGCGUGCUGCGGGUGAUGAAGGAGACUGGAGCAGCCAUGGAUCGGCGCUACCGCGAAACGGCACUGGGCGGCUUGGCAGCGGACUAUGAGCGCAGUUUGGGGGCUACUCCGAUACUGCAAGAGAAGGUCAAAGCCACCAUGGGCUUCAGUCGUAUUCAGACUGGAACCCGGAAGCAGCUUCGGCGGCAGGUCACCUAUGAGGAUUUGGAACGCGACCUGAUCACGCGGCGAAUCUCAUCGCAGUCCAUGUCGAAGUGCUGA